AUGGAUGUUCCAAUCAUGGUUGGAGAUUGCUACAUCCCUGCUGAUUUUGUAGUUCUUGAGCUGGAACACCAACCUAAAGACCCUCUUAUCUUGGGAAGGCCAUUCCUAGCUACUGCAGGAGCUAUAAUAGAUGUCAAGAAUGGAAAGAUUGACUUGCAUCUUGGAGAUAUAGUGAUGAAUUUCGAAGAGACAAGAGAAGAAGUGCUGGAUGAACUCCUUCUUAUUGAUCCCUUGGAGCUAGCUUUGACAAAGGCUGAGAAUGAGUAUGGAUACAUGGAAAGAGAAGCUCAAUGCUUAGUCAAGUUCAUGGAUUCCAAGGAAGCUUAUAAAGAGCUGAUAGCUUAUAUGGACUUAGAGAGAGAAGAGGAAGAGCCAGACAUUGACAAGAUCAGGAAAUAUCACAAACCAAAGUUAAAUAGUGCAUGGGUCAGCCCUGUACAUGUCGUGCCAAAGAAAGGAGGGAUCACAGUCAUCAAGAAUGAACAUGAUGAGCUCAUUCCAACAAGAACAAUCACUGGACACAGAAUGUGUGUCGACUACAGGAAGCUGAACUCCUCCACGCGCAAGGACCACUACCCCUUGCCAUUCAUAGACCAGAUGCUUGAGCGCCUUGCCAAUCAUCAAUACUACUGUUUCUUGGAUGGAUACUCAGGAUUUUUCCAAAUUCCAAUCCACCCAGAUGAUCAGGAGAAGACUACAUUCACUUGUCCCUAUGGCACAUAUGCUUAUAGGAGAAUGCCUUUUGGAUUGUGCAAUGCUCCAGCUACAUUCCAAAGGUGUAUGAUGUCCAUAUUCACAGAUCUAAUAGAAGAGAUUAUGGAGGUUUUCAUGGAUGAUUUCUCAGUAUAUGGUUCUUCCUUUGAAUCAUGUUUGGGAAAUCUUGGAAGAGUGCUACAGAGAUGUGAAGACAAGCACCUAGUUCUAAAUUGGGAGAAGUGCCACUUUAUGGUUAGAGAUGGAAUAGUGCUUGGACAUAGAAUCUCAGAGAGAGGCAUAGAAGUUGACAAGGCCAAGAUUGAAGUAAUGACAAACCUUCAGCCGCCCAAGACAGUCAAAGAUAUCAGAAGCUUCCUAGGACAUGCUGGAUUCUACAGGAGGUUCAUUAAAGAUUUCUCACAGAUAGCAAGGCCGCUAACACGCCUAUUAUGCAAGGAUAUUAACUUUGAGUUCACAGAGGAGUGUCACAAGGCUUUCACUAAGAUCAAAGAUGCAUUGGUCAGUGCGCCAGUGGUUCAACCUCCAAACUGGGAACUACCUUUUGAGAUAAUGUGUGAUGCAAGUGAUUAUGCAGUAGGAGCAGUGCUUGGACAAAGAAAAGACAAGAAGCUACAUGUGAUCUACUAUGCCAGCAGAACACUUGAUGAGGCACAAUGCAAGUAUGCCACAACAGAAAAGGAGCUUCUUGCUAUUGUCUUUGCAUUUGAGAAAUUUCGAUCAUACUUGGUGGGAUCGAAAGUUAUAGUUCAUUCUGAUCAUGCAGCAUUAAGGUAUCUCUUAUCUAAGAAAGAUGCCAAGCCAAGAUUGCUGAGAUGGAUACUACUAUUGCAAGAAUUUGAUCUUGAGAUCAAGGAUAGAAGAGGAGCAGAUAAUGGAGUAGCUGAUCACCUUUCAAGGAUGAGAGUUGAAGAAAAUCUACCUCUUGAUGAUAGGCUACCUGAAGAAACAGUUUAUGCAGCUGAAGCUAGCAAUAAGCAUGGACAACUAAGCCAUCACAGGCCAGGAACAAAGAUCUCAUCAUCAAACACACCAUGGUUUCGCCACAUAGCAAACUUCCUUGCAGCUGAAUACCCACCACCAAACUUCUUUGGCUACAGAAAGAAGAAAUUUCUGCGUGAUGUAAGAAGGUACUACUGGGAUGAACCUUACUUAUACAAGAAAUGUUCAGAUGGAAUGUUUAGAAGAUGCAUACCCUGA